AUAUAUUCAAAGGCCGUGGUGACGUCACGAGGACUCGCCCGAGCCGCGGCGAGGCUGUGACGUCACAAGGCCGCCGCGUGGUCACGUGAGUCGCGCUCUGAUUGGCCGGCCGCGCGCACGGUUUGCGAUGUAGCGCCGCGCGGACGGCAGUCUCGCCUCACUGCUGCGAGCACGUGGCGGCCGGCUUCAUUCAGCAGUGCGUCACCUGCUGGCUUGAUGAUAGUAUCAACAUGGCGGACAAGAAAAUGCAUACAAUUGGAUCAUCCACACUGUCAAUAAUACCACUGGAAAAUUUCAGCUCAACGACACAUCUUACUGAAAAUAAAAGUACAGAAAAACAACAGAACUAUGACCCAUUCUGUGAGAGAGACGUGGAACAUCCAAACAGCGAUGCAGGGGCGCUGGCGCACUUGCUGAAGAGCAGUCUGGGGUCUGGCAUCCUGGCCAUGCCUAACGCCAUGAGGAACGCAGGCUCCGUUCUCGGCAUGGUGCUGACCCUUAUCAUAGGUUUCAUCUGCACCCACUGCGUGCACAUACUGGUCAAGUCCUCGCACGAGCUCUGCCGGCGCACCAAGACACCGUCCAUGACGUUCGCAGAGACCGCGGAGAUGGCCUUCAAGAGCGGUCCUCCUCAGGUCCAGAAGCUGUCCAACUUCACCAGGAAGUUCGUCAACAUAGCCCUUAUAGCAACCUACUACAGCGCCUUAUGUGUCUACAUAGUAUUCAUAGCUACCUCUGUCAAACAGGUGAUUGACUUCCAUUUCCCAGAGCAUGAACUGAACAUCCGGCUGUACAUACUGAUGGUGAUGCCGUUCCUCUAUGGUCUGGGCCUCAUCAGGAACCUCAAGUACCUCGUGCCGUUUUCUGCAAUGGCCAACAUCUUCAUCUUCGUCGGGUUCUGCAUCACCCUGUACUACAUGUUCACGGGCGAGCAGGCGACCAGCCAAGUCAGACUCAUCACGCACGACAUCACGACUAUCCCUGCCUUCCUCAGCACAGUCAUCUUCGCCAUGGAAGGCAUCGGUGUUGUUAUGCCCCUGGAGAACAGCAUGAGGAACCCCAGUCACUUCCUGGGCUGCCCUGGGGUUCUCAACAUAGGCAUGACAUGCGUGGUCCUUCUGUAUGCAGUCAUUGGGCUGUUCGGCUACCUCAAGUACGGCGACGACAUCCAAGCCAGCAUUUCCCUCAACCUUCCCACGGAAGAGAUUCUUGCCCAGGUAGUAAAACUGCUGAUAGCUGCAGCCAUACUGUUCUCCUACGGUCUUCAGUUCUUCAUUCCUUCCGACAUCACGUGGCCGAUGAUAGAGCCUCACGUGAGAGAGAACUGGAGGAAUGCGGCGCAGAACAGCUUCAGGAUAGCCACCAUCACUGCUACAGUGGCGGUGGCGCUGGCGGUGCCGAACCUCGGGCCCAUCAUCUCGCUGGUGGGAGCCGUGUGCUUCUCCACGCUCGGCCUGCUGUGUCCCGCGGUCAUCGACACGGCCACCCACUGGGAGCGCGGCCUGGGCAAGUGGCGCUGGCUGCUCUGGAAGAACGUCUUCAUCAUCGUCUUCUCGCUCAUCGCGCUGUUCACGGGCGCCUACAGCGCCAUCCUCGAGAUCAUCGAGGAGAUGUGAACAACCGAGCACCAAGUGUUCAGUCCCUUCAGAUUCCUUUUAUUUUGGCUAAGCAAUAAGAAAAUACCUGUAAUAAUUGCCACUGCUGACACUUCUCUCUUCGUCCCAAGUACGAAGCACGCAAUAUAUGCUAAUUUAUGUCCUAUGUUUACAGUUGAAUAUUUAUGUUGACAUUAAGCCCUGUCACACUGUCUGUAACUCUGUUUGACAUUAGAUUUAAAAGUGGGGGAGUUGGUAAAUGUUUGCCGGAAAAUGGCUUCCAGUUUUAUCCAUCAAAAAAUUGCGCCACAUGGCCUCAAAUGUUUUUUAAAAUCAUUACUCACUACCAAAGUUUAUUUUUGGUUUUAGUUUUUUUUUAAUCUUUCCUAUAUCAAUGUCAUUUUAAAAUGAAAUACCUACUACUUCACGGUGUUAGGUAAAAAUUAAUUUUGUUAGUUUUUUGCGCAUUUAUAAACUUUUUUAAAUUUUUUUUAAAAUUAAAUUAUUUUUAUACUCAUUAAAUAUUAAAGUAAAGCAUCAGUAUUCUAAAUAUAUAUUUACACAAUAUUAACUUUUUAUUUACAAAACUAUUUCGCCUACGAUGUUCAUACAAAAAGAAUUUAAGUUACUGCACUUUCAUAAACGCUUUAAUCGCCUAUUUUGUCUUCGCUAAUUGAAGAAUUUAUUGUGAUGUAAACGGUAGUCAUUUCCUUUUUCGCUAGUCAUGAAUUUUAUUGUCUGAUUGCAUCCAGAAUCCUACAUAUUUUAUGACCCAUCCUACAUAUUUUAUGACCCAUCCUUUAUAUGAAAUAUUUUAUGUAAUAUGUAAGCUCAAGUUUUCCUACUUGUCAAACUAUCAUGGAUGUACCAGUAACGUUUUCGGUGACAUCAUAACCCUCCUAACUUCAUUGAACAUAACGUAUUGUAAGGGGUUGUAAACGAAUGUUUUAAGCGCCUUAAGCAAUAAGGGUCACAAUUUUAGUACACAUGACAUCUCAAAUAACACUCUCUGCAACUUGCUAUUAGGAUGUUCGUUCGUCAGCACACCCAGAUUCUCUCUCGCUAGAUAAUCCAAAUAUUUUGUCUCAAAGUUGGUUUGGGUUUAAAUGCCAAACAAAUAUUAUCAGUCCCGGAAAAGCUAAAUCACUUUUUUUUUUUUUUUUUUACCUAUAUUUGUUAAUCCUUUAAACAGUUUUUUUUUUCACAGAAAAUAGAGCUUAUAAUAGUUUUAAAGCUUCUAAUUUAAGACAAAUUUUGUGAAGGUAGGCACUACAUUUUUAAAAUUUCUUAGGUAAUUUAAUUUCCAAAACUAAAACCACUUUUUGCCUGUUACAUGAUCAACUCCUUUCGAAAACUUUCCGUUCUUAUUUUGAAUAUAUUUUCGUACCUUUUAAGUAAAUUACAUUCAAUUUCCUCUGAUUAAAUAUUAAAAUUACAGUAAAAUUAUAAAGUAUUAUUGACCUUUGCCAUUUCUUCAGGAAUUACUCCUCUACAGGCACCUUCCUGAUAAAGAGUUUCUGAAACUGACACACGUUUACAGUCAGAUAAUCUUCUAUAGAACUUGACUGGGAUCAAGUAAAUAUGACUGAUUGUAUGAUAAUGUGCCUUUUGCAUUCAGAUGUUAUGGCGUGAUAUCAGCUUUCUAUGUAAACAACCAAUUUUCAUUCAACUACUUUUAACAUAAAAAUGUUAAUUAUGAGAGUUGAUAAAUGCCAGCAUUUAAAAGUAUUUGCCAACAGUAUGAUAAAGCUGUUAAAAACUUAUUACAAUUUUUUUAAAAGUUGUUAGUUUUUAAAACAUUAACCAAAUAAAUAGGUACUAUAAGAAAUCGAAAAAAUCCAUACGUUUUCUAAUACUUUACUGGACUGGAUUCCAUAAACUUAACGCAAUCGAGUUCUUGUUCCGCUGUUAUAAGCUACGGCCAUAAUUUUCAUUCAACUCGAGUAGAACAUGACUCAGUGAUGAUGUAUUCUACAAAUUUAUUGUGUCUAAAAUAAUUCACAGUUUGUUAAUUAAAAUGUGGUAAAAGCAAAUAUGUGAGGUGGGAACUCAAGAUCUUAGCCAAACAAUGGCAUGCAUGUAUCAGGUUCUCUUUUGUGUUUGAUUCAGCAUGAAUGGACAUCAGACUUAAGGAUAGUGACUUUACAUUAACUGCCUUUAUUAGUUUUUUCAUCAACCAGAAAAUGUCACAAAUGUUUUUAAUAUGCUGAAAUGGUAUACAAUUAUAUAGAUGCACAUAAAAUCAAGUUUAAAAAUCGUACAUGAUAAGAUCAGGUUGAAUCAUGACAUAAAAGAGUCUAAAAUAAUAUCCUUUCAAUUAAAAAAACAACGGGAUGUAUAUUUUUGUCUAGAAACCACAAAAAGUGAAAAAUUUAAUAGUUUAAAAAAAUUAAAAGAAUUAAUUUUGAAAAAAAAAAUUGAUAAAAUUACAUAAAAGUGGACAACAUCGGAAUAAGCAUAAGAAAUGUCUUCAAUAAAGUAAUGCAACAUCGCAAAAGAAUAUAUAAACAUCUGCUAUAAAAAAAUAUAUUCUAUUAAUGUUUACUUUGAUGGAUGUAUAAGAUUUUUAAACCAUAAACGUUAUUUAACAUAGAAAAAUCUGUGAGUGCCAAAAAAGAAAUUUAAAAAGGCAAAAUUACAAUUAACUAUGUUUUUAUUGUUAAUUUUUUUUGUUAAUGAAAUACAACCAAAUUCUCAACAAAAAAAAACAAUGUCAGAAUAUUGAUAUAUGUAGACCUAAGUGUUCGUUCAUACAUUUUAACUUUAACAUUAAAAAUAUCACAAAUAUUUUUGAAUAUAAGGAAAACAAUUAAGUAUUUUAAAAAUUUACCCAUAAUAUUAAAGGUAAUAAAUAUCACAAUGUAUUAUUAUUUUUUUUAAAUAUUAUAAUAUUAACGUGUAUCUCUCUGUGAUAAAUGGUUGUGAAUAACAAAAUAAGUGUAUAAGUAUUGGGAUUUUUUUCCCUCCAAUGUAAAUUAAUUCAGUACCGGUAUACAAUUGUUUUUAGUAAAAGCAUUUAUUUUCUAAUUAAUAAUAAAAUCUUCUGAAACAUUAUAAAAAAUGUUUUUACAACAAGGAUAAAUAAAAAUGCAAUAAAAUAUUUGAAAGACAUCUAACAUGAUAUGUUAAACCAAAUUUUUUUAAUGAUUUAUUAAAUAUACCAAUAUUUGUGUAGUUAUGUAAUUUUUUAUUAUGUUGUCUAGUAAUAAUUUAUUUUAAAUUUUAAUACGGUAUUUUAACAUACUUUCUUUUAUUUAAUCUUCUAAAACUAUACAGAGUUUUACAAAUUUUUCUUAGAUUGGACGAUAUUUUCUAAGCAGAUUUAUUACUAGCCACAAGAAAAAACUUUUCUUUGCAAUGCACCGGCACUGUCUUUAAAAAUUGAAAAUCUUUUUUCAAGGAAGACAAAUGAAAAUCUCUAUGAUAUUUUACAUUUUUUUAUUUAACAGAUUUAUUUUUAAUUGUCAAUCAUUUGGUACUUAUGUAAGUAUUAAAAGUUUUUAAGUUAGAAUAAUUAAAAUUUUAGGACUCGUACAUUUAAGUAGUUUAA